AUGGCUGAAGAUACUGUCCCUUCCAUGCCGGAGAAUACAGAGUCUACGUUCCCUCCUCGCUCCCAGCGUCCGACUGGACCCAUGACAAGUGCUACUAGUGGUGCACCUCGUUCCAGUCGACGACCGCCUCGACCUCCCCCAGGCACUACGGAAGGGACAGGUUUUCCUCCGGGCAUGUCCCGAUCCUCAGCCCGCAUGGGGAUGCCUCAGUCAACCCAAGACUAUCCUCCCCCUCCCCAAGAGAUGGAUGACGGUACCUUUAACCCAUUCACCUCAGGUACUGCACCUGGGCCCUCUGCACGUCAGAGACCAUCACAACCUAAUUCAUCUGGUGGUCUUCCCCCUCGAGGUCCACGCACAAGAGCACCACCUCGUGAAGAAACGUCCAAUGUUCCUACACAGCCUACCACGGCUCCCCCUCCUGAGGAGUCUACUAAAGCUCAUAAAGCUAAGCAUCGUCACCGAUCUGAUUUCAAACAUGUUGAGGUGGAAGAUUAUGAAGACAGACCUAGCACAGAUUUCAAAGCUAAAUGGCAAGGAGAAGCUUCCGGCCGUUCUUUGUGGUUUGGAUUACCUUCAAAUUACAAUGGGACCGAACAUCGCACUCCACAAGGACUGUCUGAAGACACAGACACAUAG